AUGAUGAACAAAGAAUGUCCAAGUUGUAGACAAAUAAUAAAUACAUCACGUACAAGACUUGUGAAAGAUAAUUGCGGACACAUUAAAUGUCGUAUGUGUUUAAUAUAUGAAGAACAAGGUUGCAAAACUUGUAUAAAUGAGCAUUGUAUACAAAAUAUCGGAAAUUAUGAUUGCUCUCCUUCAGAGAAAAAAAUAUUAAAUAAUGCUUCUACUUCUGAUAAAGAUAAUAUAUGUAAUGACGUAUUACCCUUGGAAUUAGUUAUUAAUAAAAAUUCCAAACUCAAAGCAAAUAAUAUUGAAUUAAUUUCUGUCGAUUAUAUAAAUAACUAUGAAUUAUAUCCAAAAGAGGUACAUAAAUCUUCUACGACAGAGAUUAAAAACAAUGUUGUGUCAAACAAACUAUAUAUUUCAAACAUAGAAUCGAAUAAUAUACUCCUAAAUGUGUAUCCGCAUUUAAGUAAUAAUGUUGUAGUAAAAUCACCUAGCAAUAAAACAUCAGAAAUUUUCAAUGGGGAAGUUAAAACAGAAUAUUCAAAAAAAGAGAAGUUAAAAAGUAAAUCAAUAAAAUGUCAUGAUCGUAAUCAUAUUACUGUGAUACCAGGGACACCAGAAAAGUAUAAAUGCAAUAUAUGUAGUAAAAUUUUUCGAAACAAGAAAGGAAAAUGUUAUCAUGAUGCUUGUAUAACUGGUGUUAAACCUUAUCAAUGUUCUUUUUGUGAUAGAAGUUUCAUUAAAAGGUCUCAUUUUGAAUAUCAUGAAAGAAUUCACAGAGGAUACAAACCAUAUAAAUGUAAUCUUUGUGACAAAGCAUUUCCUCAGCAAAAUAAGCUUAAUAGGCACAUGUAUUCACAUGGGGAAAAACAAUUUACAUGUCCUAAAUGUGAUAAAAGGUAUUCUAAACAAGAUGAUUUAAAAAAUCACUUAGAUGCACAUAAUGGAACAUCCACAUAUUCUUGUAAAGCAUGUGAAAAAACUUUCAGGAUGUUAACCAAUUUAAAACGUCAUCUAAAAACACAUUCUAAUGAAAGACCAUAUGUAUGUGAUCAAUGCAAUAAAAGCUUCAAAGAUAAAUCAUUGUUAAUUCGUCAUAAAAAGAUACAUGGAAAAGAUAGACCAUUCUCAUGUGCACACUGUAGUAGAGUAUUUUUAUCUAAAAGUGAAUUAAGACGUCAUUUGACAGUUCAUUCAGAUGAGAAGCCAUUUUCUUGCAAAUUCUGUGAAACUGUGUUUAGAAGGAAAGAUAAUCUACACAGACAUAUUAGACAUCAUCAUCCAGAAAGUCCAUCAUUUAGUAAUAAUAAGAUACAGAGUACAAUUCUUGAAAACGAAAUAAAAUUAACAAAAGCCAAACAGUUGAAUUCUAAACAGAAACAAACGACAAAAAAGACACAAAAAAUUGCUUCCAAUUUAUUACCAAAAACUCCAACUAAAGUAUCAGUGGUUUGCAUAAGUUCAUGUGACCAAAUCAGUUCUAGAUUAGAUUCAAUGGGUAACAUCACACCUGUUAUAAGAACUACCAAUGAAGUGAGUAAUGCAGUUUCUGUUAUUAAUGGACCAAUUAAUAUUAAAAAACUAGAUGAUAAAUCUGAUACCAAAAAAAAGACAUUUACGUAUACAGAACCAAUACCUCUUGCUGAAGCAGUGGUAAUAAAUAAACGUAUCGAGGAAAAGUUAUACCCACAAAAUGUGUCAAGUCAUAAUUAUUUUCUUAGAAAUUGUUUGAAUUGUACAGACAAACCAUAUCCUGCCUUUAUAAAUCAAAUUUCUCGCACAAAUUCUAACCAGUAGUAUUUUAUUCACAGAAAAUACUACACUAAAAUUUUAUUCAAAAGUCAAAUAGGUCUUAUACACAAUAUAAAACAACAAAUUUAUAAGGGUAAAGAUAUCAAAUAGAAAAUUUAAGAUAAUAGCAAAUAAUUUAAGAAAGUGUAUAUAAGUAAUAUUAAAAGGAAUAAUUAAAAGUAAAUAAAUUUUGCAAAUAUUGAAACAUUUUAUAGCAAUUUAUAUAUGUACAUUAUUAUAUACAAUAUAUAAAUAUUAUACACGUGUAGUAAUAUAAAGGGUGUGGACGAAAGUUAUGUAUGAGCUGGCAUGAGGUGAUUUUAGAUAAUAUAUAAUAUUUCACUGCCUGAAAAUCUUAAAAAGAAAACAAAAGAAUAAAACUAAGAGAUAAUGGAA